CAGUCCGUCGCAACUCUUAAACUCAACCUCUGACCAUCUCAACCCUUAAACCCAACAACCUCUGACCAUCUCAACCCUUAAACCCAACAAUAACAAAUGUUAUGUUGAUAAUGGCGUCGUCUGAUGAGUUGGGAGGAACUCUGGACGUGGAUGUGGUGGGACUAGUCGAUCUGGAUUUUAAAAGUGAACCUGACUUCUUUGAUUUUGACUCUGGUGGGGAAUUUGGAUUAUUUGGAGAAGCAGGAGUGGCAUUACACACGACAGCUACUACUACUACAAGCAAUCAGUCAUGCACUACUACCUCACAUGGAAGUACAGUCAUUGUUAGUGGUGGAAUUAACACCCAGCAAACAUCUGCAUCACCAGAGAGCAAAAGAAAUGUUACUGCCUGCAAAAGAAAAAGCCACUGGAAUGCACUUGAGAAGGAUUUAUUUCAGAAAGGACUGGAACUUUUUGGGCCAAAUUGGAGCAGAAUUUCAAAUUUUAUUGCUACAAAAUCAUCUGGGCAAGUUCGCAGUUUUCACAAGAAAUGGUCCGAGAGCACUAACAUUGUCCAUGAAGCCAAAGCUGUUGGGGAGACCUGUGUACAUGUGCCAGUGGAACAAGUUUGUAUCACCACGGAUUUUGAAGAUCCUCUAGGUCUUAUUGAAACUGCUACAACAACUAUAACAACCACACCACUUUCUCCAAAAAGAAAUGUUAAUGUUGAGGUUGUUGAUUUUCAGGCAGUAGGUAGCAUGGAAAAUGAGAGCAAAGGGUUUAAUUCUUCUGGUGAAAUAUUUGUUCCAUGUAUUGGUGAAGAAUGGGUGAUAGAGUCAGAUGGUUUAAUUUCUUUAAAAUUUGAGACGUCAAAACAAAAUCAGAAGAAGAAAACUCGAAAAACCAAAAUGAAAACCAAUCAAAUCAAAUUAAAGAAGAAAAAUACAUCUCAUAAUUCACAGAUACCAUUUAAAUUGAAGUCCCCUCAAAAGCAUUCAGUGAAGAAAAAAAAGCUGAAAAUCACAAUUGGCUCAAACAGCAAUGAAAGAAAAAAUGUUGCAGAAGCAGAAUAUUCUCAUAAGAUAGAUAAAAAAAAUGAUUUCCACACAACUCAUAUGCCAGCACUGGGACAAGUUGUCCACUUAGUUAAAGAUGAGAUGGAAGAAAGUGAUGUUGAUAUCGAUAUCAGUGAUGAUGAACAGCUGAUAAUAGCUGACAAACCUCCUAGUGAUCUCACAGUUUGUGAAAAGCCUGAUGACACCACUAAUCCUGAUGAAUCUUUAGAAUGUAAAGAGAACACACAAUUAAGUGAAGAUUUUAGGUCAGAAAAUAAAAAACAAGAAGUUUUUAUUUUUCCUCCUCCGACUGAAGAGAGAGAAUUAAUUUUAGAUGAGGUUACAGAUGAAGAGAAGAAAGUCCACUUUGAGUACUUUGAUGGUAAAGGUGUAAAAACUCCAGAAAGGUACUUGAAAAUAAGAAAUUAUCUUAUUAGUUUCUGGAAACGGGUGAAACCUAAAUAUAUGAGGAAAACUGCAGUCCGUGCAGGGUUAAAAAAUUGUGGAGAUGUUAACUACAUAGGUAAGGUGCAUGAAUACCUAGAGAAAAUUGGUGCUAUUAAUUUUGGCUGUCCAGAGAGCAAUUACAGUUUGCCAUUAGUUGUGGGUGUCAAACAAAAAGAAAAGUUAUCCAUACCAAGUAAGCCUUUAGCAAAGGUAGAUCGUUCAGAAAUGAAUCGACAGAAGCAGAAAAAGAAAUGGGAUGCCGCAAUGAGUGAAGGUGGAGGUCUUACAGUUAGUCAUGAUGAAUCUGGAGCAAUUGUGGAUGCGUGUCACAUUCCUGAAGCUCCUCGUAGUAGAGCAGGCCAUGGGACUGGUCGAGUUGGUGGAAAGCUCGAACAAUUCAAAUUGAUUCGCUGCCUCGAAUAUGACCCAGACACUUUACCUCCAUUUUCUGUUGUGGUACAUGCUCAUGCAUUAAUAACAUUAGAUCUGCAUGCUCACACUUCCCAUGCUGAAGUGAUGGGGUUACUGGGUGGUUAUUAUGAUCCUGCUGCACAGAAACUUUAUGUGACUGUUGCAGUACCCACCCAAGCAGUUAGUUCAGGAGUGGAGUGUGACAUGUGUCCUGUAUCUCAAAGUGCUGCAUGUACUGCUAUUCACGAGGGUGGUGUACAAGUAGUAGGUUGGUAUCACUCGCAUCCAACAUUUCCACCUAAUCCAUCUGUUCAGGAUGUUGAAAGUCAAGAUCAGAUGCAACGCUGGUUUGCACGACAAGAUGCUCCAUUUUUGGGUAUUAUAGUAAGUCCCUUUUGUCCCACAAAUCGCAAUGAAGCUUCUGAAAUACGUUGUAUAGUGUUAGAUAAGCCACCACAUGGUAGGUCUGGCAAGGAUGGAGUAGAAUUAUCCCAUUGCCCAUAUAAACUGUUCUGGUCUGUGAGUGAGCUGAUACCUGGUGCAUGGGAAGAGGUGUGCCAAGGUGUUAGAGCAGUAGUUGCAGGAGCUAGAGAGGAUUCCAUGGCUGUAGAAUGGAGAAGAGAGUGGCGUGGGCAGUUGACAUACUGGGAAAAGGCCAUAGCUUCUGUCAACCAUCAUCUCCCAUUGCAUCUCCAUGGGCCGUUGCAAUCUGUACGAACUACUUUCCUUGCUGCCGUUAGGGAGUGCUUGGAUGUCUGAUUAAUAGGAAAACUUUUCAGACCAGACUUCUGAGGGUAGAUGAGCCCUCAAAACUGGUCACAGGUAUAUUACAGGUAUGAAGUAUAAUGACUUGAUUAAACUAUCACAUUGUAAUCUUAGUUAAAAAAUGUGUACAGUAUUAUUGUACAAUAGUACUCAAGCCAUAUACUUUUAAGUUUACUGAUACUUUGAAGUUUUUUAAUAUUCUAUACUACUGUAGCUGAAGUCUUUAAUUACUAAAGUUAUGUUUUAUAUUCAUCUCCAAAGAUGUGGUGAUUACUGUAUAUAAGGUAUUUCUUAAUGAAGGUUAUUAACUUUCAUUUAAAACUUUUUUUUUUUCAACAAGUCGGCCGUCUCCCACCGAGGCAGGGUGACCCAAAAGGAAAGAAAAUCCCCAAAAAGAAAAAUACUUUCAUCAUUCAACACUUUCACCUCACUCAUACAUAAUCACUGUUUUUGCAGAGAUGCCCAGAUACAACAGUUUAGUAGCAUAUAUAAAGAUACACAGCAUAUCCCUCCAAAUUACCAAUAUCUCAAACCUUUCCUUUAAAGUGCAGGCACUGUACUUCCCAUUUCCAGUACUCAAGUUCGGCUAUAUAAAAAUAACCAGUUUCUCUGAAUCCCUUCACUAAAUAUUACCCUGCUCACACUCCAACAGCUUGUCAGGUCCCUCUGUAAAGGUUUCCCCUCACUGUAAGCAAAUUUGUCAUUAUGCAAUGGCCCAUAUUUAUUGGUAAUUUCACAUGGGUGAUACAUUUACAUUUUGUAAUCAGUGCAAUUCACGAAACACACCAAAGCUUUUUUUAACAUAUCAUCCAUCUCUCAUCAAGGUAGGAUGACCCAGAAAGGAAGAAACACAUCCAUCAUUAUUCAUUCAAUAAUUGUCUUGCCAGAUGCAUGCUAAUAUCACAGCUCAAAUAGCUCUCUGAACAGUACCAGCCUCACCCCUCCUGUAGAAUGCAGGCACUAUACUUCCCACCUCCAGGACAGUCCAGCUAACCAGUUUUCCUGAAUCCUUUGAUGACUGUUACCUUGCUCACACUUCAAUAACAUGUCACAUCAUAAAACCUAUUUGCUUCCACUUGCCCUGAUCUAAUGUACAGCCUCUCCUAACUUAAUGACAGAGUUCUGUUCCUAAGAUCACGUCGGUAAACGAAUUCGUUGCUAAGUGAGGAGCAUACUAUAAUGGUAGUGAGUUAGUGUCAGCCUUCUUUGAUAUUGUUUUAAUGUUACCUUUGCACCAUUUAUAAUAUUUCUGGUAUAUUUUUAAAUGUUUAUACACUAGUGUACUGUAUAUUGAAAUAAACAGAAUAGAGGAAAUCAGCUCUAAUAUACAUACAUUAUUUAAGUAUGAAUACUGGUCAGAGAGCCUGUCGUAAGUCCGAGGCGUCGGUAAAUGAUUGUUGCUAAAUGAGGAGAGGCUGUACAGUGGAACCUCAGUAUGCGACCUCAAUUCAUUCCAGAAGGCUGUUCGAGUGCCAUUCCAUUUGAGUAUCGAACAAGUUCUUCCCAACCAAUUUUCUGUUUGGUUGGUUGUUGUCACUAAUCUUCGUAGGCCCUAUGGUGACUUAUUUAUACAAAUAAUAAAAAAAAAACACACACCAAAAAAUGCGAAGAAACACAAAAUAGUUUACAGCAAGUUCUUGCAGGUUGUAUUUGUUUGAUUGAGUGAUGAUCUUUGUUUGAGUAGGGAGCUGGUUGUACACCGAGGUUCCACUGUUUUCACAAAAGCCUGUUGGAUGCUCAAAACCCUUAGCAUCCCUCAGCACAUGUGCUAAGAUAUUGGCAGUGUGAUUAAUAAUAUCUGAGAAACAAAUACUGAGUACAAUAUGGUACUGUAUUGCAAUACAGUAUAGGAUGACUGUUUCUGUCUUCUGAUAUUUCACAGGUUUAGUGUUUAGUUUGAUUAUAAUGUAAUUAUUUUUAUUAUUUCAAAGUUUAUUCCUUUUUUUUUUUAACACAUUGACCGUCUCCCACCGAGGCAGGGUGACCCAGAAAAGAAACACCUUCAUUGUCAUUCACACAUAAUCACUGUCUUUGCAUAGGCACUCAGAUACGACAGUUCAGAUGUCACUCCAGACAUUAAAUAUUUAUCCCAAACCCCGCCUUUAACCCUUUCAGGGUCCGUCCCGUAGAUCUACGGCUUUACGUUCAGGGUCCAAACCGUAGAUCUACGCCAUGAGCUCAGCUCACUCUGAUAAACUGUGAGUGGUACAUUUGGGCCUAGAUAUGAGAGAAUACAUCUAUGUGGUAUGUGUGCACCACAUAAAACAGAUCCUGCAGCACACUGUGCAUAAUGAGAGAAAAAAAAUGAAAUCAUGAUUUUUCGAUUAAAACAGCAACUUUGCAGUGUUUUUUCGUAUGUUUUUUAUAGUUGUAUUUGCGAUUUCUUGGUCUCAUUUGAUAGAA